AUGCCGCAGCCGUCCUCAUCGCCUGAUCGUCCUCGACGCCCGACUCGCUCGGUUCCUCCAAUACCUCCACUACGCAUGGGUACUGAUACAGAGCCUCCAGAAGAAGGACAAGAUGUGCUAGUAGCCAGCCCGGUCGAGGACUUCGACUCGGGCAGUCUCCCUACUGGCCUCACCCCGCUUCGUGCGCACUACCUCAAGAAGUCUCUAAUACAGCUGCAGCUAAACCAGGAAAUCGAGGCUAUACUCAAUGCUGCUCCUAACAAUGAGUCUACGCUAUCACAUCUAGGGCCCCCGUUCUCGCCACCCCCGAAAGGCUCAUCGCCGCUUGAUCUGCCCUUCCUUCGGUAUAUAUUUCGCCAGUUCGUCUUGACAUUCCCGUUCAUGGCUGCAGCACCCAAGGACUUCUACUCGGAGAAACUGCAGCCCUUCGUAGCAUCUAUGUUGUCGCGGAACCUAUCACCUAAUUACGAUAUACUGGAUGAGGGCGCGGACGUUGCGGAACAGGCCGCGCGAACGAAGAUGUUAGGCAAACUGGAGCGGAGCUUGUCUACGUUCCUGGGUACAUCCACCAAACUUGUGGAGCGCGAGGAAGUAGUCAGGCUCACCCAGACCGAUUUGGAUCGCCUCGAAAUGCUGGCAAAGAAGCGCCAGGCUCGUCUGGCCAAGAAUAAAGAGAUCUUUGAAGUCAACAUCGUGGGUGUAAGAACCGUGGUGGCUAAAGGUCGGGUGAGAAGUAGAUCUCAUGAUGAAUUCAUCAUUCGAACCAGACGUUCCCGGUAUCGAGAUGUUUUUGUGGCGCGCAGGUACGGUGACUUCAAGACACUUGCUACAGAGUUACGCAAAGCACACCACGACGAAGACAUUCCAUCCCCUCCCGUCAAGGAUCGAUCCACAGUCAGCUCGUUCGGUUCUCCUGUAUCGCCAACCAUGCGCUCACCGCUAUCCUCUCAGCAAGGCCUACCUUCGCCGCGGUUAUCUCGUGAAAAGAAUCGACUCACGUUGAGGGCAUACCUUCACACCCUGAUGACUUCCAAGGUCAUCGCAUCCUCCCCCGUACUUCGUUCAUUUCUACUCAGCGGUCCGACGACCCUCACUGCGGACGAGCUUGAGGAUGCCAGGAGGCGAGAAGAAGCGGACCAACUGCGGGAAGAAGGGCGCAAGCGUUUCGCAAAGGAAAUUGCACACAGGGUUGACGGACUACGCAAUGCUAUCAGAAGUGUCAAAGGCGAUAUCAUGGGCGAAAACGGACUCACACAUGUGUUUGGCACAAUCAAAGUCACUCCGAAUGUCCGUGACCUACCUCCCAAUUACCAGGCGGUUCUAGAGUGGGCACGAAUAUCCCUAGCUUCGACCGUUUUCCACCAAUUCAUCGCGUCAGAUAGCUCUUCAGAAACGUUUGCGAGCUUGAAACGUAUCCACGGGUUAAUGCCGUACAUGCUUAUGAAGGGAGCGCUCAAAGUCAGCAACCCAAUAGGAAUGAUCCGAGGCGUAUUGGAUCUGUUCCUUGCGCAACCUUUUGGCGGAAAAAGCCUGCUUCAAAGAAUGUUUACUAGUUCAUUGACCGAAGAGGUCAAGGUCCUCGAAGAGCAGAUAGAGGCAGUGAAGGACAAGGUAGAGGAUCCGAUCAUAUGCGAAAAGAUGCGCCAGUUCGUAUAUGCGCCAAAGGAGAUCCAAGAGUUGUACAGAAUCGAUGCAGCUGUCGAAAAGCAGAGUCUCGUUACAAUCAUUCUCCGAUCUGGAGAGGAACCUCUGUUGAACAGAGCACAAAUGCAUCGGGUAGCAAAGGCGCAUAGGGCCCACGAAGCUCACUUACGCAAGAAAGUCACUGUUGCGGACUCUGACGACGAUUUCGCACCGGAAGACGAGGAUGCUUGGCUUUACGAAGACCUGCGUAUAUUAACACAACUGUAUGCUCGUCUUCGUGACCGCGAACAGUUGAUUGCUCUCAUCUUUGAGGGAUUCACAGCCGACCUGUUGAAGGAUAUCAUAACCAUUUUCUAUUCUCCUUUAGCCCAAGUGUACAAGGCCGCCAGCAUCGCAGAUUCGUUGAACGACUUACAGAGCUUCAUUAACGACCUGAUCAAGACUGUAGAAGCGGUUGAAGAGAUUGGGCAAGAUGAUCCCCAACGUACCGUCCAAACGUUCAUCGACCUUAUCCAAAGACACGAGCAAGCGUUCUACCAUUUCGUCCACAAGGUUCAUUCUAAAGGAGAGGGACUAUUCGACAGUCUGAUGCGAUGGAUAGAGCUCUUCCUGACCGUCGUGCGAGAAGGGCUGGGUCUUCCAUUGAGUCUGGAAUUUUUACUUCCUCACACGGAACGGGAACGCGAAGAGAUAUUGGUCGAAGUUGACAAGGUCGCUCUUCACCAUUAUAAGCUCAAGGUCAUAUACGAGGACAAACUCCGUCGUCGCUUCGCAACCCAGAACUUGGUAAAUGGGCUUGUUGGGGGCAUUAGCUUCGGGGAACUAGGCCAGAGCGAUGGCGAGUUAGGUGUUGACACGGAUGAUAGUACAGACGAAGACAGCAGCGAAUACGACACUGCAAGCGAUGAUGACAGUAGUUCGGAGAGCUCCAGCGAGUCGCUUGCGGAGAACAACGCUAGGCCAACGCCGACAAGGUCUUCUACAAUUCGUCCUAAUGUGCCACCACCUCCGCCCGCCGAAGCAGCAGCUGAACCCCCGAAGAUGUCCCGUGUUCGUUCAAUGUCCCUCAAACUAUCUCGGUCUAUGUCUUCUUUAAAAGGGGAAGGACCGUCACGUAAGAGCUACGAUCAGAACCCCCCACCGGUCCCCAAGAAUCCACUCGUCACUGCGCUAUCUAAACCUCUUCCCCCGAGCCCGUCGCGAUCCUCGACAGACAGCGUUCAUCCACCCAAACCUUUACCACCCUUGCUUUCCCGAUAUCCUGCUCCAUCAACUCCCUCCCCUCCUCCACCGCUUGUAAAGAAAAACAAGACUAAUCAGCCCCCUCAGCCUCCGAGCUUAGAGCAUAUACCCAAAUUGUUACCAGUAUUCGUCGAGAUGAUGCGUCCUAACUUACGCCCCCGCCAACGAACAAAUAAUCCAUAG